AAACGAAACACACACGAAAAACAAACGAAAAUAAUUAAAUGGAUAGAGAAAAUCCGAACUAAAGAUCGGAGACACCCAAGAGAGAGCAAUAUGUUUAAUUUGCUAAGGAGAUCACGUCGCGGAAAAACGCACAAGAUCGGCAGUGACGAGGAAAAGGAGGAUAAUGCCGAGAGAUAUAGCCAGGUCGAGGGAAGGGCCCCUUCUUCAAGCACUUCUCUUCGGCAAGAGAACGGGGAAAGAGCCAGGCGGGCGGUGAUCGAAGAGCUGGAGGACUUUGAAAGCGACAAUGAUGAUGGCGACUGCCAUGGCGAUAGCAACGAAGAGCGUUUAAAAUUAGCAAAAACAGCUGCUAAUGGCCGCUCCUCGGACGAUUUGUAUAUAAAUAACAUGGGCGGAGAUGCGAGGACACCGAUUCGCCCGUCUCUUCGCGGUCUCAGUCAAAACGAGGCAGCCACCGCGAACACAGUUGGUGGUCAAUUGAUUGGCACUAGCCCGCGCCAGCAGCCCAACGGUGGCCCAAACGAACCGCACAAACGACACUCCCUGCUAUCGAUCGGGAACCUAACCAAAACUCUCAGCUCGGCCGAUCCUCCGGAGGAGCAAUCUCAGUCCAAGAAGCGAAAAACUCUCCAGAAGAGUCGCGAUUUCCUCAGCGACAUUUUCAUGGCGCGUGGUCGCAACCAUCAGCGUCAAAAGCAACACCAACACCAGCAACAGCAACAUCAAAAUUUUACUGGCAAAACCAAAUCGCCCAAAUAUAAUGCCAAAGACGUAAUCACCGCCGCUGCCGUACACCUUGAAACGAACUCCGACCCCGCGCUCGCAUCCCCAAAUAGUUAUCAAAUGACUUUGGCUAAUAAUAGCCCGACGAACCUCGAAGAGAAAAUCCAACGUGACCGAAGAGAGCCACGCAGUAAUUCAGCUGGAGCAACGGUGGCAGAGAAAAUGGUUUUUCCGCAGAGCAAUCCGGAAAAUCAGAGCGAUCCGAUCAGUCCGAGGAGCAUAAGAGCCAGAUCCAUGAGUGCGCCACGAGAUGGCGGCGCUGGCCCCGUUGGCGGCGUCAAGAAUCUCAUUCAGGCGGCAAGCGUUGAGCGGAAAACAGCAGCUCCCGGCGAUGCAACCGCCAGCAGCCAGCAGCAUCAUCAGCAACAUCUGGCAGCGCACGAGCAACAUCAACCACCGGAGCAACAGCAUCAGCAACAGCAACAACACUUAAGUGACAUAACCAUGGGCCAGACCAGCGCCAAACCGAAUGAAAUUAGCAGUGGUUCGGCCCAUAGUUCGCGGGCCAGCACACCACGAGAGUUCCGCGAAUCAAUUAUUAAUUCGAAUCCGCCGCCUCAGGCACCGCCCAGGCAUCAAAAGUCACCGGAAGUGCCCAAAAUCACUGUGGAAGAUUGCAGUUUCCACGACGAGGACACGGAAGUGCCUCACAAGUUCCAUUCUACGGAAAAUAAGCCAACAAGUUUUUAUCAAAAGCAAGAAACCCCCCAUGAAAUUUUCUACGAGACCGAAAAGAACGAGACUCCUGAUCACAGGUCAAGGGAAAUAUUCUACGAACUGAAUAGUAGUCCCAAAAAUGGCCAAACCACUUUAAACAUUGAGGAACUGAACGAGGCUCACAUAGAAACCCUGGAGGACGAGGUUUUCGCCUCCGAAAUACCAGCCACCAUAUACCAGAACUGCAACAACCGUCCCUGGACCCGCCUCAGUCACACAAAGCUGGAAAAUGUCCAGGAAGAGGCUGAAGAAGAGGAGGAGGAUCAGGACUUGGACGAGAUAGACGAGGCCGUGGACCUGGAUUUCGAGCACCCUCGGAUGAACGGAAUCUCUCGUCAGUCGGCCAGCAGCGAGAGGAGCGCCCUGAAAAGCGACUCCAAUCUGAGCAGUAGCUAUGCGGACUCGGGGAUCGGGGAGCAGGAGUUGUCGCCAGCACCACCGGCAGCGACACAACCGCCUCAACCACCGCCCCGCAGUUCAUCGCAUCAUGUCAACCACCUGAGUCACCAUACGAGCCAUCUGAACUCGAACCUGAGUAUGAACCUGAACCACACCUCCCGUGGCAACUCUACCGACUGCGAGGAGACAUUGCUGCAGUGCGACGAACUCGACGAAUUCAGUGAUUUCAGCGAGCGUUUGGUCUGCAUCGAGAGCAUCAGUCUGCCGGAUGUGGUUGUGGAGUCAACGACCUCCGAGAAAUCACCAUCGAUGCCGGCAGCAGCGGCCGGCCAAGGAACAUCAGCCACUGCCAAUGGCGACUCGCAGAUCAACAUCAAUAUAGCCAAUGGAGCGGGGGGCAAUAGUCUCGGGAAUGUGCACUUUAUCCCGAUCCACAUCGAGGGUGGCAGCAGCACUCGUAGUCGCAGUCACAGCCGGAGCUCCAGUCCGAACAAGCCGCGUAGCCGGGACGACCUGGACAUGCCGCCCAGCAUCGAGAUCGUGGAGGAUGGCUGUAUCCUGAACAAGCCAGUGCGACAGGAGAGUCCCUUUGAUAAUCAAGAGCUAAGAAAGGAGCUGAAGCAGCAGAAGGUAAGGUUCAGCAGCCAGCUGGAUGAGGCCCACAAAAAUGUCAACCAACUGGAGGCCAAGGUCGGGGAUAUGCAGGGCAAGAUCCAGAAACUCGAGCAGGAGCUGUCUCUCAAGCAAUGGAAUGUUGAAAGACUUCAAAGUGAACUGAGUGCAGCCCACAAGGACGAUGAAUAUGUCCGUAAAAAACUGAAACUUCUCGAGGACGAGAAGGUUCACUUGCGGCACAAAUACAGCGAAGAUCAAGACGACUUGCAGCGCAAGUAUGACGAACUCGAAGCUCAGUACAACGAACUUACCGAGAAGUACAAACAGACCCAGGCCCUGGCCAGCAGCCUGCAGACUCAGCUGGCCUGUGCCCAGGUCGACGCCGAGGAGUGGCGCCAGCAGGUUGACCGAAUUCGGGCGGAGCUGGAGGACCAGAUACGCAUCCUGAAGAACGCGCUGGAGAACUCGGAAGCGGAGCGCAAGAUCUGCGAGAACAAAUGGCAAGAAGAGUUUGAGAUGCUCAGGACACACAAUAGAGAGCGAGAGGAAUCUCUAAUGACGGACUGCGAGUGGCAGCUUCGCCAGAUGCAGCGCCAGUGCAAGGACAAGAUGGACAAGUCCAACUACGAGAGGAAGCAGGCCACCGCCAAGGCGGAGGAGCUGGAGCAGGAACUGCAGUCCAGGCGCAAGGAGUCCGAGCACCUCCGCGUCUGCCAGGCCCAGGUGAACUCGCUGAGGGGCGUGGUCAGCGAGCAGGAGCAGUCCAUCCAGACCCUGAUGGACCGGAUCGAGAACCUCAAGGGUGACCUAGAGACGGCCAACGAGAACCUCGAGGCCCAGAUCGAGGCUGUGCACAAGAUCAAGUAUCAGUGUGAUAAUGCCAUCUACGACAAGGAGCGGCAAAUGAUCUACAAAAUCGAUGAGGUGCGCAACGAAGCUGCUGCCUUCUGGGAGAACAAACUUUACACAGAGAUGACAAGACUGACAAAUGAACUGGAGUCCGUGUACGUGGACGAACGCCGGGAUGCCUUGGAUAAGCUGCAGAAUGAGCACAUUGAGGAGCUUAGGGCCCUUACGAAUCGAUAUACGGCCAACGAGGAGGAGCUCAGAGCCGAGAUCGAGGAGUUGCACGAAAACCUUGAGCUUAAAAAACAAGAUUUCCUGGACCUGCGCGAACGUUCCGACAACGCCCUGCUCCAGACCCGCAUGCAUUUGGAUCGGGCCGAUCGGGAGUACCAGAACGCCAUGUGCCGGGAGGAGGAUCGCCGUGUGGACCUCGAGGAAAAUCUGAAGAAGGAGUUUGAGGCGGAAAAGGCCGAGAUGGAGGACAAGUUCCGGGAACGUCUGGGCCAGGUGAAGGAGGAGUUUGCCAAAGAGCUGCAGCUCUCCACGCAGGACAUGGUCGACACCCACCGCAAAGAGCUGGACUCACAAAAGGCCAAGCUGCAGGCGGAAAAGGACGAGGCCCUGCAGGAACUUGUGGAACGACAUCGCGCCAAAAUGGCCGCUGCCGAUGAACGAAUCAACAUGGGCUAUUUAGAGCGAAUCUGGUGGGCGCUGGCCAAGGGGGCGUGGCCCUAUAUGCCAACAGUAUAUGUGCUAUACCUGACCAUGUCGCCGCUGAUCGCCCUCGCAUGCUUAGUGUUCAAUAUUGUCGCUGUACUUUACUUGAAAUACCGUCAUCUCCUGGCCGAUGUAGAACUUCGGCACCAGCGCAACCUCAAGGACCUGAAGGCGGCCUACGAUGCCGAGAAGCAGGCGCUGGACAAGCGCGACAUCAGCAACGCCAACGAGAUCGAGCAGCUGCACCGCAAGUGCCGCUGUCUGACCAACCUUUUCGAGGAAAUGCGCAUGAGAUACGAGCGAAGGGAUCCCCGACCCGAGGACCUGCGUGAGAUCUCCGAGCUGAGGACACGCUGUGAUAGCCAGGAACGGGACCUCUAUGUCCUCACCGAUCGGCUGCGGGAGAUGCAGAUCCAAAUGUCCGAGCUGCAGCAGAAUGGCGACCGCAAUGUGGGCGGAAAAUCGGUUAAGAAGCCGCCACCCAAAACGAUAGCCACCAGCUGUGAUGUCAUCUACGAGGAAAACGAGGAGAGGGAGUCCCCGGAGCAGGAAAACGGUGUAAACGGGGAGGAGGAGGAGGAGGAGGAGGAGGUGGAGCAGGAGCCCAGUGACACCGAGUCGAAUCACACGAUCGAGGUCAAUGGAAAAUCCGAUCGUAUCAACGAGGACGAGGCCCACCUGAUCACUGCCGUGUGAUUCUUGUUUUCCAAAAGUCUGACUCUCCAAGUUGUGUCUCUGUUUGUGGGUGUGAUCCUUUGUGCCAUGUGGUUUCCAGGAACAAGGAUGCUGGAUCAUUGGAGCUUGGUCCUUGGCCGGUUUCUGGACUGCUAAGCUGCCUUUUGUGUCGCGGGUGUGGAAAUCCACCGUCUCCGCCAUCGCUCAAAGCCUGAACUCAUAAAAAUUGUAAAUUAAAUUUUUUAUUGGUUUAUAAAACCACCCAAAAAAAAGAAACGAAAUA